AUGGGGUCUCGGCCCUGCAUUUCCUACGUGUGCAACACUCAGGAAAACAGAAAGCUCCCGUAUUCAUUCCCCCCCCCGCCCCCCGCCUCCAACAGUGGGGAUUCCGAAGGUGCCCACCGCGCGAGGCGCUGGGGGCGCGGGCCGGGGGCUGGCGGCUGGCAGCGCGGCUCGCGGGGGUGCGCGGGGCGGGGCCCGAGGGCGGGCUGGGGGCGGGGCGCGCGCGGGCCGGGGCGAGGGGGCGGGGCCGCGGCGCGGGGCGGGGCGGGCUCUGGCGGCCGGGGUGUCACACACGCGGCGGCUCGGGAGGCGGCGGCAGCGGCGGCGGCAGCCGCCGGGACGGGCACGGGCGCGCGGGCUGCCUCCCUCCGUCGCUCGCUCGCUCGCUCUCUCUCGCCUCGCUCGCUCGCCAGCUCUCUCGCCCGCCUGCCCCCCGGCUGCGAGGCCGGGCUCACCCAGCGCGCUCGGGAAGAAAGAAGCGCCGCGGAGGACGCGGAGAACUUCCCGCAGCAGCCGCGGCUCCGACGAGCGGGGCAGGGAGCGCGCCCUCAGGGGAGGGGCCGCCCGGGUCUCGCGCUCCCCAGGGGCCCGCGGGCCGGGAUCCCAUGAGACGCGCCCGCAAGGGGCGCGAGAGCCGGAGCCCGGGCGGCGAGCGGCGGGGGCGGAGGC